CUCGAAGUUACGUCACGACACCGGAAGUAAACAAAGCGGACCGCAGCGGAAGCGGGAGCUGCGUCCUGCGACAGCUGCUGCAGGUGUGAUGUGGCUCUGACAUGUUCCAUCUCCAUGUCCCUUCCUGACGUCGACAAGCCAGAAGACGGUAACAGCGUGGAGGGUGCCAUGGCUGAGGUGUUGGGACAGAGGAGCUUGCUGGGCUUUGGUGUGGUGUUGGCAUGGCUGGUUCUGUUCCACCUGCUGGUCAACAUCUGGCUGCUUUGUUUGUUCACCAGCCUGCUGGUGGUGCUCGGUGGCUGGCUUGGCUCGCAGGCACUCCUGGAUUCCAACAGUGUGGUUCAUCUGGAGAGGUUUAUCACACUGGAGCAGGUUCCACCGUCUGUGGAGGCUGAUCAACACUUGGACCAGGAGAUCCACAACACAGUGAGGAAAAUCAUCAGGGACUUUGUCACCUCCUGGUACUCCACGGUGUCCUCUGAGAGUGGUUUUGAGACAGAGGUCAACGAGGCCAUGAUCUCUAUGGCGAUGGAACUGAAAACUCGUGCAAGACAUGUCGACAGAAAGGAGCUGACCCAGAGGAUCCUCGAUCUGUUUGGCUGCCACCUGCAGGACUACAUCAGAGCUAAGGAGCUGGUGACCGAGCAGCAGAUGGCCGUGAAUCGUGAGAGCGAGCUGUUGUGGAAAGCUUAUUCCGGUCUUACCACACCUCAUCUUGCCAUGACCAGUGACAGAGUGGAGCUCAACUACACCAGAGCAUUUGUAGAUUUGUUAUUGCAUGUUUUGGUGCCAUCGCCGCACUUGGAGUCCCAAACUGGACGGUUUGUUGUUGGAGAGCUAAUCACCUGCAAUGUUCUUCUCCCUCUUAUUGAAAAACUGUCUGACCCUGACUGGUUAAACUUCCUCAUAAUUGAAAUAUUUGGGAGAUCCAGCAAACCCCAGGAACGCAUUGCAGCAGAGCCACUGACUCCGUCCCCACCACUACCGUCACCACCAGCAGAUGAAUCUGAUCUCCCUGCUCUACAGGAAACAGCACAGGCUCCUCAAAGGAAUACGGAAAUUCCUCCAGCAGGAGCACAGACGGAAAUUGUCCCCGAGGCAGAGGUGGCUGAGCUGGCUGCCUUUGACGUCUUUGACUCAGACGAGGUGGACUGUCCACAGAAUAACACAGAAGAAGAAGAAACUACUCGACCCUUUCUAGAGAUUUACAUGAGAGGGAGCAAGUCAAACCCAUUUUACCAGGAAACUGAUUCAGACCUGGAUUCUCCUUCGGCUGAAUAUAAACAGAGUUCCACUGAUUCACUGGUCAUGAUCGGCCAAGAGGAGAGUCUGGAUGACAGAAGCAAAGAAAAUACCACGUCUGCUGAAAACAACAUUGGUGUGGACUUGGAGGACAUUUGUCCCUGUCCAUUAGACGGCUCCUGCCCAAGUGUGCUGGUGAAUUCAGAAAAUCCUAAUGGUUAUGGCCCCUCAUCACUUAGGGCAUCAGAGGGGACUCCUAGUGUCAACAGCCCCCAGGGCAUGGCCAGCUCCCCUCCAGUAAACCCAACCAGAGAGCUUCUCCUGGCCGUAGAACAGACUGGGAUGGGUAACUCUAAUGAACUGACUGCAGUCAGUCCAUUGCAGGUCACUUCCCCCAUGGCAUCGUUCAGUUUCGAGCCCCUCAGCAGCCCAGAUGGACCAGUCAUCAUUCAGAACCUCCGCAUCACUGGUACCAUCACAGCUAAGGAGCACAGAGGCACUGGCUCACACCCCUACACAUUAUACACUAUCAAAUAUGAGACAGCCAUGGGUUUUGAGAACUCAGGAAGCAUCCUGUCCGGCUCCGAGGAUGCCGAAGUCUUUCAGACAACUUGUGAGAAUCCCUCUCGCAUUCAGCCGGUAGCCUAUCACAUGGUCAACAGACGAUACAGCGAGUUUCUCAACCUGCAAACACGACUGGAGGAGAAAACAGACCUAAGGAAACUCAUCAAAGGUGUGAAAGGUCCAAAGAAAAUAUUCCCAGACAUGCCGUUUGGGAACAUGGACAGUGACAAGAUUGAGGCCCGGAAAGGACUGCUCGAAACCUUUCUGAAGCAACUCUGUGCCAUCCCUGAAAUAGCCAACAGUGAGGAGAUGCAGGAGUUUCUGGCUCUCAAUACAGAUGCCAGGAUCGCCUUUGUGAAGAAACCUUUCAUUGUGUCACGCAUAGACAAGAUUGUGGUGAAUGCCAUUGUGGACACCCUGAAGACAGCCUUUCCUCGUUCAGAACCUCAAAGCCCCACAGACGACAACGAAGGAGAGGUGGAUGGUUGGAAAAUAAGUUUGGACAAGAAGAGCAAGUCUCGUCUGAAGUUCAGUAGUAAAAACAGUCCCUCUGUGAACGGCUCUGACAUCAGACCACCAGUUUUGUUCAGUUGGGAGCAAACUAGCACAGUUUUCAACAGGAUGUCCUUGGAAGAUUUGCAAGCCUUUAUCACUGAACAAGAAAAACUGUCCAUCAGAGUUGAGUCGGAGACCAAGGGGAGUCCAGUGGUCAGAGAAUUCAGAGGCUAUCUGGAUGACAGCUUGAGAGGAAGGCAGAGUCAGGAGCGUGCCUCUGAGACGGCGCUGGCCGAGGUGGCUCUGAACAUCCUGUGUCUGCUGAUGAAGGAGCAGUGGAGCUGGCUGUGCACUGAGAACAUUCAGAGGACCAUCCGGAUGCUGUUUGGGACCUUUAUUAACAGGUGGCUGGAUGUGAGCGUAGCCAACCUGACAUCCACGAGUUUCUGGGUUGCGUACCUGCAGGUCAUACAGGAGGCUGUAUGGCCCGGCGGAGCUCUGCCUACGUCCCCUCAGCUUGAACGCAGCCAGCAGCAGAGGGACAGCACCAGACAACAAGCCCUACACUGUCUGAUGAGACUCCUACCAGAUCUGGUCUCCGACAUGUUGGGACAAGACAAGUACAAACUCAGCUGGCAGACUGCACUGGACUCUCUUCAGGACCCCUACAUUAACAGACACCUGGUCUACUGUAUAUUUGACCUUCUGCUGGAGUUCCUGGUUCCUGAAAUACCUGAGGAGGAUUUCCAGAGGAGGCUGCUGCAGACCCUCUCUAAAAACCCGGAGAAGUCGCUGGCCUGAGGAGACGACCGACUCGAACACCUUCAAAUCCAGCUUUAGUUUUUCAUCGUCCUGACUCGACAUUCCGCUCAGACGAGAAGCUGAAAAGCAGCUCGACAUCGAGGCUGCUCCUGUUCUGCUAACGUUCUGUGAUCACAGUCUGAGUGAAUAUUUCUGGUGAGACUUAAUAUUGUCUGUCCCCACUUUAAUCUCCCGAGGUCCGUCUGCUCUGUCUCUAAUUAUGUGUUGAUGCAUUGACAUGAGGCUCUUGAGGCGCUCUGUAUCUGAACACACACGUUUGAAGAAGCAUUAAUUACAUGAGAGCGCCUGGUUUGUGUUUGAUCCAACGUGUUUGUGCUCGAUCGUGCGGUGAGAUCCAAACAUGUGGCAAAGCACUGUCCGUUGUCUCCGUCCAGACUAAACUCACUACAGAUGGUUUUCACACUCGGUCCCCUCCCACAGUCUCUGGAAACAAGGUCACAACUCUUUCUCUAAUCUCGUGAAGCAGGAUUUAUCACCCCAACAAUUAGCUGUUGAUCUCAGCUUCAUGUGUAAACCGUGAUUCUGACAUGAGCUAUACUUCCUGUCGAGGGGACAGAGGUCUCUUGCGAAUCACUGCAACUGUCCGAAUGUAGGAAGAGAACAUGCGAGUUGUGAGUUUCCAGUUCUUUUAAUAAGUUCCACAGUGCAGUUAAUAUCUAAAUGGACGUCUGCUGUUGACAGAGGUUCAGUCAGUCACUUUUUUGUUGGCUACUGUAAAACAGUGAACUGGCAGGCUGGUUAACCACAGGCCGUAAAACGUUGGUAAGUGACAUAGAAGCAGAUUCUUUUGUGCGAUGAAGAAAAACCAACAGAAAUUGUCUUGGUAAGACGUUGGGUCAACAUGUGACACCAGAGCAGCUUCAGUGACUCUCUCGUUUCCAUCCGUCCCAAAGAAAUGUUCUCGUUUGGUGUUUUGAUGAUGUUGAUGGUGGUGGUGGAAGGAGGGAGCUGUCAAACAAGCUGGUCCAGGAUCAGCCAUUGGUGUUCGACUGGUUUGAAAUCUGGUGACUGUGAAGGCUCAGUUAUGAUUCACAACAUUUCUAUACUCUUAAACAUUUAACCUCUCACCCUUCAGUCGACUUAGAAACCAUCUGAAGAGGGUUUUAGUGGCGUCGCCACACAAUCUGUCGGACACUGUAAACAAAUCUAUGAAGGUUUUCAUGUUUAUGAAAACUGCCUUAUUCUCUUAUUGCCUUAUUUGUGGUAGUAACACAACAAUCAUCUCUUCAGUCCCACUUGGAUAAAGAAUGACCAGAAAACUUGUAACCUUAAUGUUGUCUCUCACACACACACACACACACACACACACACACACACACACACACACACACACACACACACACACACUCACUCUUUUGUUCUGAAAUGUUAAAACAGUUUAUUCAUGUGAAAUGUUUCAUUCUGUCUUUUGUGGUGAAAAUCAAAGUCAGAUUUUAAUGUUACUCAUCAUUCCAGUGUUUUUGCACUUAUACCUGCAUCCUCGUCUCCAGUUCCUCUGUUUCUUUCCACUGUGUUGCCUUGUCGGUGUAUUUAUUAACCUAUUUAUGUGUUGGAAAUAUGAAGUAAUGUCUUAACCUUCCAACCUUAAAAGAAGGAGUGAGGAGCUGAUGCAGAGGAACCACCUGCAGUAUUAGGAAGUGCUCUUCAACCCCUGGGUUUUGCCUCACAGGCAGAUUGAUGGAAGCGUGGUGUGGUGCAGCUGCAGAGAAACCAUCGACCCUGAUGAGCAGCCACUUGUUGCUUCCUGUGGUGAACCUGUUUACUGUUCUUUUAAUUGUGAAGCGUUACAGUUGUUGUAUGUUGGAUUGUACAUUUACUUUCUCUCUCUGUGUGAUGAAGGAAUCAGUGCAUCCCUGCUUUAACAACAUCUUUUCACAGUAUACGAUCAUUUGUUUCGUGCUAUAAUGACAUAUUGAUCUUGUCUUGAUUUUCCAGUGGUCAUAUUAAUCUGCACAAAACAAUCUGAAAGCAGUUGACGACAAUAAGAGAAAAAAAAAAACAUCCUGCUACUACUGUGUGUUGCAUAGACUGAAUAUUUUAAUCAUUAUAACAAUGUGCAACAACUUCUCUUAUAAUAAGAAAAGUCUGUAUAAUAUUAGAACAGGGAACGUUCUGGCGUUGUGUUGUUGAUUUUUGUGUAUUUUUUGUGUAAACCCAACUGUUUUGUUAUAAACACGAGUGAUCAUUUAAUAUGUCGCAAUAUCCAGAAGGGUCGAGCUGCAACAGCAAGAAGAAUUAAUGUUAAAAGGAUCAUGUUAAAGCAUCGUCAUCAUAAAAACAGAUCAGUAUUUGUCAUGUGGCUGUACUUUCCUGCUUCGAUCAGUAGUUUAACGUUUGAAUCCUAAUAGUAAAAUGCACAGUGCUUUUUUUUUUUUUUACUUAGAACUUUAAGUAUUUAUAUUGAAUGUUACGUAGAACAGCAGAGUUUUUAAGGAGAACUCUGCACAAGUUUAUGUUGAGGUUUAAAUUUCCUCUCUCCUCUGCACUGCUUUUCACGUUUGUGUCUUGUUGUCCAUCAGACUCUAAAACGUGUGGUCGUGUUAGCAUUAGCGCUGUGAAUCCCUCUCUCGCCUUUUUCCUCUCACGGAUUGUGUCACAGUCUUUUAAAAUGCUGGAUGGUGGUUCCUGAACACAUUUGCCAACACAAUAAAGUUACCAAACAUGAUUUAU